GAUGAUAUAUAUAUAAGGUUCAGAAAAUUAUAACAGUUCAUUCCGGUUUGGCGGUUCGGUUCGAAACCAUGCUACCUUUUAAUAAAGGAAUUCUUUAGUAUUCAUGGCAUUGUAUUCCCCCUUCUUCCUUUGCGGGUGCGAAGCAGCCCUUCACAUGGCUUGAAUAUAUCUAGAUACCAAUCCCUCUAAUGACAUCCUUGUCAAAAUCGAUUUCACCUAAAAUGAUAAGAGACAUCAACACCCAAUGCAAGCAAUUUUACCUGGUAUAUUGAUGAUAUACUAGCUGGCUCACCCGACCAAGUUAAUAUGGUAAUUGGCAUAUUAAAAUCCUAUGAAAAUAUGGGCAUAACAAUAAAUCCUUUAAGAGUGAAUACUAUCCCCUAAACAAUAAUUUUCAAAAUUAUUUCGGGUUUAAUCGUACUGAGAAAGAGUACGUUACUUAUCUAAGGUCACCCUUAGGUAAUGUAGACUCCUUCACUAAAUUUUUUGCAGAUACCUCAAAUAAACUUAAACAAAUGCAUGGUAUUUUACUGUAUCUCCCGGCUUACCAGUUAUUUUUCCUGCUAAAGAACUACCUUGUAAUUUCAAAGAUACUUUGCACCCUACUAUCAAUUACUAUUUUUCAAUAUCCUCAUUCUUUCUACCUACAUACCUACGAACAAGAGAUCAAAAUAUUGACCGAAUAAAUAAUCAAUCUUAAGCUUGGACAAUUAUCUUGGCUACAGGCUACCUUACCCACCAAAGCAAUACGAUCACCUUCUCUACUCUCCGUUAAUGCCUUCAUAUUUUUGCGUUUAUCAUGUGAUCUAAUCAUCACCAAAUUAACGACUCACUCAGAUCCUUUACUCCUUCAGGCCAUAGAUCUUUGGAAGUCCUCUGCCCUAGUCGAUCCUAAACUUUGUAAUGUAGAUGAUAAACGUCUCGAUGGUUUAUCCAAAAUCAUGGAAGAAUGGCAAAUUUUUAAAUUAGGAUUUUUAGACCCACUCGCAUUCUCCAACUUAAGCAAUGACGCUAUUGUUGACAACAAAGUAAAUCUGCAAAUAUUCUCCUGUUUUACUUCUCAACCAUUUAUUCUACCAAUAAUUGAUACAACGCUAACUUCUUUAGGCACUUACGCCCUAGUCUUCUUCAAGGAUCAAGGGCAUCACAUUACAUAGAAUACCUAAAAUUUAAAUGAAGACUUUUACCUGAGACAAAGAAUAGCAGUAUUCUCCGAUGAUGGAAAAAAUGAAAUUGAUCGAAAAUAUUAAGUUUGAAAGCAGGAAAUGAACGACACUCUAAAAUCGGCAUCUAGAGGCGAUGAAAAUAACUUGUUAGAGUGUACGUAUGAUGGACAAUAAAAAUAAUAUCAAAAAUGUACCUCAUCAUCACAUCGAUUCCGCCACUUCGAUCCCCUUCUCGCAGAAAUCUUCUGAUCCUAACAGGGAAGAAAGUUCUAUUCUAUCGUCGAAGGAGGUUAAGUUUUCGGAAACUAAGACUAACGAUUCAAAGGAUAAUGAUAUGCGUAUCGUUAAUAAUUUUAGGUACACCACUACUCUAAUUUCUAAUCAACGGAGAAAAUCUUCGAGCGCUCACAAAAAUUAUCUCGCUAAACGUGAUAAGGAAAAUAAUAAAUUUAAGGAUAAAAGUGCCAUAGAUUUCAAUAACUUCCAUGAUUCAAUACGCAAUUCAAGUUCUCUAAAUCCCUUUGUCCGAAUGGUAUAUGGAUCUAAAUUAUCAGGAAUGCCAGAGGGCUCAAUUAACAAUUUUAUCGCUGUACCUCAACAAAGGAUUAAAUCCUAUGCUCUUAUAGAUGAAUGCUAUUUUUCUUCGGUGGGGACGCUUCUCGAAAAAGUGAAUAAUUGGGAUUUCAACAUAUUCUUUUUUGAUCAGAUUUGCGGAGGUAAAGGAUUCGUGAUAUUAGCGUUGCAUUUGUUUGAAAGUUACGAUUUUUGGAAGAAAUUUAAUUUACAGCCCAUAAAUGUCCACCAAUUUUUGAAUUCAGUGUUCGAAAAUUAUCUGGAAGCCAAUCCUUAUCAUAAUUCUUUACACGCCGCAGAUGUUACCCAAGCUUUACAUUGCUUAAUACAAGAAGAAAAGUGGUACGAGUAUUUAAAGCCGGAAGAUAUAUUUUCCGUCAUUAUAGCAGCGAUGUGUCACGAUAUCAAUCAUCCCGGGUUAAACCAACAUUUUUUGCUCGAAACUCGCGAUCUACUCUCUCUUAUUCAGAAAGAAGAGCCUAUCCUCGAAAAUCAUCAUUGGAGUAUGACACUUAGUUUACUCAACCAAUCCAAAUUGUUAGAUCAUUUGUCCAUUGAUUUGAGGCAAAAUAUUUUAUCUCAAAUAAAAUCGUUCAUUUUGGCAACUAACAUCAAACUACAUCAAGAUUAUAUAGUCAAAUUUCGCUCAAAAAUAGAUAUAAACGAAGGAGAUAUCUUAUGCAGCCACGUGAUCUCAACUCCGAACAAUCAAAACUUAAUUAACGAGCCUAGUAAAUUGGAUCCUAAAAGAUUAAGCCUGCUACUUAAGGCCGAUAAAAGCCAUUUCGAUUUAAAUCGUCUUCCAGAUCGACAUUUUUUGUUGCAGAUAGCCCUGAAAUGUUCGGAUGUAAGCAACCCCGCUAGACAGUGGACUAUCAGCCAAAGAUGGAGUCGCAUGAUUUGUCAAGAAUUUUUCAAUCAAGGAGAUAUAGAACGACUUAUUAAAAUACCAGUUACCGCCUUCUGUGAUCGCACUCGCACCACAAUUGCUCAAAUGCAAGAAGGUUUUUUAGAAUACGUCGUGCUACCUAUAUACGCCGAAUGGCAUCGAUUCGUUAAUAGCCCAUUAUCUGACAUUAUAAUGUCUAACAUAUUAUCUAAUCAAAAAAGAUGGGACACAAUUAUUAAAGAGAUAGAGACUACAAAUUUUAUACCCGCGAUACCCGAGGAAAGUGAAGAUAUCAUAAACGAUUAUUCAAUUAAGAAUGAAGAUCAAGACGUAGAUAAUUUGCCGUUGUCGCAGUCAACUGCUCGAUUGAUGGCGGAUUACGAGAACAUAGGUGUAGAUCUUAUCCUUUGGAGAAGAUACUCCGUCCCACUAUCAUUGCCUAAACCCUCUGAAGGGAUGGAUUCCGAGCCCCGUCGCGAUAGCUUCCCACGCUUUCAAAAGGUAAAAUGGCACACUAUUUUCGAGGAUGAAACUGGGUUAAACCGCGGAAUUUUAAGUGGGAGACGAGCUAGCCUAGAAUCACGCCGUCGAGCCACAAUGGAUGCCAUCUUGCUUGAUAAAAGCGCUCUGAUGUCGUACGACGGCUCGGAUGCGAUCAACACUCUUUGCGCUAGCAACAGGCGCUAUUCGUUGCUCACAAACCCGCUCUACUUUUCAUCUACUAUGAUGGCCAAAAUCAACAAUCUUACCAGGCGAGAGAGCAUUCCUCUUCAUUCUCAGAAAUUAAAUGUUAACCAAACCGAGGAGGAAGCUAUGACUAGACGAAAAGAAUUUACCUCAAGGAAAAAUAAUAUUUGUGUUUCCUUGGACGAUGCCAUAAGCAAUCCUAAUGAUUCUUCCUUCUCCCUUCUAAAUAGAAAUUUAGCUUUGAUAUACAUUUCAAGAAAGAAAAGUCAAAGCUAAUUUUUGUAGCGGUUAUUAUUUUACCUUAUAAUGCGAUCAAUGCAAUAUAUUUUAUGUCAAAAAUAUUAAUAAAGGCAAGCAAUAUGAUAACAACAACCAUAAUUUAUUUUAUAUUAUAUUUAUAACCUUUUGUCAUUUUAUUUUACUAUAUGAUUGUGCAUGUUCGAGCGAAAUAUUAUUGUUAGACAAUUGAACUGUUAUUUAUAAAGAAUGUUUUUAUGUUAAAUUUUAAAUUGAAAAAUAGAAUUAUUUUACUUUUUAGAUAAAUAUGGUAGAUAUGUCCUAACUGAGAUCAUCUGUAAUCCAUGGGGAAUCGAAAUCAUUCAAUACCAUUAACUGAGGGUCCUAUUUUAUAUUUAAUAGUAAUUUGUAAAUUUUUAAAAAAAUACACACAAGUUAAUGGCAAAAAUUGUCCUAAAUUUAUAGCGUACUAUUAUACACUACACAUUUUCAUGCAAAUCAAAUUUUCAAAAUUAAAAAUUACCCUCC